AACUUUCCGGAUCCAACCCUCCUACGACACAACGGAACGUGGUACGUGUACGGCACGAAUAAUGCUGCCGGGAUCCUACGAAGCAAGCUUCACGGCAAAUCCAAAGGUCUUGGUAAGGCGAAUGUACAGCUUGCGACCUCCUCGAACCUCUUGAACUGGACAUUACACGAUCAGGCCGACGACCCCCUGCAGGUCCUGGGAGACUGGGUAUCCAAGAAGAAUAUGCCAGCCGAGGCGGACAGAAGCGCCCUCGUCCGAAGAGCGAAUGUCUGGGCUCCUGAUAUCCUCCAACGACCAGACGGAAAGUUCGUCCUUUACUAUUCUGCGACGUCCGCGAAUGCCUCACAUCAUUGCGUUGGUACCGCCAUUGGUGACAUACCAACUGGACCCUUCGAAUCUCAGAGUACUCCAUUAGCUUGCCCGGUCGAGCGCGGAGGAGCAAUCGAUCCCGCUUCGUUUACUGAUUCAGACGGAUCAAUCUACGUCUCGUAUAAAGUCGACGGCAAUGCGAAAGGCAACGGCGGCCAGUGUGGCAACAGCGUACCUCCGCUGAAGGAUACCCCAAUCCUUCUACAAAAAAUGGAGCGGGAUGGCAUAACACCUUCAGGAUCUCCAGUCAAGAUUCUGGAUCGUACAGAUGAAGACGGUCCCCUGGUCGAAGCACCAGCUCUCUUUAAGUCCGAUGAAGACAUCUAUUUCUUGUUCUUUAGCUCGGGAUGUACGCGGAAUCCAUCUUACGAUCUAAAGUAUGCAACGAGCAUGAACAUCACUGGACCGUAUAUGCGAGCUUCUGGGGAAUUACUCAAGACCGGUUCAUAUAGCCUCUACGCUCCCGGGAGCGCGUCGAUAUGGCGGGAUGAGCAAGAUUGGUGCAUGGCUUUUCACGCU